GCUCCGAGGCUGAGCGUGCGGGAGGCGGCGGCGGCCGCAGGGACGGACCGCGCCGAGCGCCUGCUGUGUGCGGGACAGCGCACCGCCGCGGACCGAGGAACCCGGAGGUCGGCCGCGCGAUGGCGCCCACGGUGGAAGCCGGCGCCGAGGCUUUGCUGCCCGCCCCGCCCCGGGGGCCCCUCCACGAGUACCGGGCCCGGGCGUCCUUUAACUGGAGGCAGCUGGCGCUGUUCUGGGACGGCGAGGACAUGCUGCGUUUCAAGAAAUCCGUCUUCUCCGCCCUGGAGGGGGACCCGCUGUUUGCCCGCAGCCCCGGAGCCGCCCUGCCCUUGGAGCGGUACCGGGAGCUCACCUUCCUGCGCUGCAAGCGGGUCUUCGAGUACAACUUCCUGGGCGCCGAGGACCUGCUGCAGAGCCCCCUGAAGGUGCUGGCGCUGGUCCACUGCCUGGGCAUGUACGACUGGUCCCUGGCCGCCAAGUGCCUGCUGCACCUGCUGAUUUUCGGGUCAGCGGUCUACAACUCUGGUUCAGAACGACACUUCAAGUACCUUCAGCAGAUCUUCAGCAUGGAGAUUUUUGGAUGUUUCGCUCUGACAGAAUUGAGCCACGGGAGCAACACCAAGGCCAUCCGCACGACGGCCCACUAUGACCCCGCCACCCAGGAGUUCAUCAUACACUCGCCCGACUUCGAAGCCGCCAAGUUUUGGGUCGGCAACAUGGGCAAGACGGCAACGCACGCGGUGGUGUUCGCGCAGCUGCACACGCCGGACGGCCGGGGCCACGGGCUGCACUCCUUCGUCGUGCAGAUUCGGGACCCGAAGACCCUUCUUCCCAUGCCGGGGGUGAUGGUCGGCGACAUCGGGAGGAAACUCGGCCAGAACGGUCUGGACAACGGGUUCGCCAUGUUCCACAAGGUGAGGAUCCCCCGCGAGGACCUCCUGAACCGCACUGGGGACGUCACCCCCGAGGGCGCCUACAUCACCCCCUUUAAGGAUGUCAGGCAGCGGUUUGGCGCCUCCCUGGGCGGCCUGUCCUGGGGCCGCAUCUCCAUCAUGGGCAUGGCCGUGGUCAACCUGAAGCUGGCCGUCUCCAUCGCGCUGCGCUUCUCCGCCACGCGGCGUCAGUUUGGGCCGACGGAGGAGGAGGAAGUACCGGUGCUGGAGUACCAAGUGCAGCAAUGGCGCUUGCUCCCUUACCUGGCCGCCGCCUAUGCCUUGGAUCACUUCUCCAAGUCACUCUUCCUGGACCUGGUGCAGCUCCAGCAGGGCCUCCUGGGGGGAGACCGCAGUGCCCUACAGGCGGAGCUUGGCCGUGAGAUCCACGCUGUGGCCUCGGGUGGCAAGCCCCUGGCCUCGUGGACCGCCCAGCGAGGGAUCCAGGAGUGCCGGGAGGCGUGUGGAGGACACGGCUAUCUGGCCGUGAACCGGCUGGGCGUGCUCCGAGACGACAACGACCCCAACUGCACCUACGAGGGCGACAACCACGUCCUGCUGCAGCAGACCAGCAGCUUCCUGCUGGGCCUCCUGCGGCCCGCCGCCCCAGACGGAGCUCGCUUCAGAAGCCCCCUGAAGACGCUGGACUUCCUGGAGGCCUACCCCGGCAUCCUGCGCCAGAGGUUCACGGGCAGCGCAGCCGACUGGCUGGACUCCGCAGCCCCCCUGGCCGCGUACAAGUGGUUGGUUUGCUACCUGCUGCGAGAGAGCCAGCAGAAACUCCUCCAGGAGAGAGCGUCAGGGCGCGGCGACUUCGCGGCGAGGAGCAACUGCCAGGUGUACCACUGUCGGUCCCUGGCCCUGGCAUUCAUGGAGCUCACAGUGGUGCAGCGCUUCCACACGUACACGCACGACGCCGGCGUGCCGACCCCGCUGCGGGCUGUGCUCAGGCGGCUCAGCGCACUGUACGCCCUGUGGUCGCUGAGCCAGCACACGGCCCUGCUCUACCGUGGCGGGUACUUCUCUGGUGAGCAGGCGGGCAGGAGCGUGGAAGGCGCCAUCCUGGACCUGUGCUCCCAGCUGAAAGACGACGCAGUGGCCCUGGUGGACGUCAUCGCCCCUCCCGACUUCAUCCUGGACUCACCGAUUGGCAGAGCCGACGGCGAGCUCUACAGGAACCUGUGGGGCUCCGUCCUGCAGGGGAGGGGAGUGCUGGAGCGGCCGUCCUGGUGGGCAGAGUUCUCCACCCGCAAACCCGACCCGGGAGGGCUGAGGUCCAAGCUGUAGCCGUGCCGGCACACAUCGGCCAGAUCUGAUGGAGGCCGUCACGCCAGCGAAGAUGUGGCGUCAAAUCCUGGCUCCGGAAGAUUCUGGAAGUCGCCACGGCCUUUUGAACGGGCCUCUGCCCUGGCGCCAGCCCUCGGGCCUGCGCGGGGUCGCCGAGCGCCCGGGGCCGUGCCGGGCCGCCUCUGCGGGCCUGAGGGACUCCUGGGCAGGAUUUCUCACCAUCUGUUUUCAGGCACAGAUAUUAAAGCUGAUACACAGCACUCAGAAUUGCGGGUUUUCUGGUCAGGUGAUCUUUUGAAUAAAUGUGGAAUAUUUUUACACGGCUCUGCGUUGCUAAGGAGUUAAUGAUGCCUGUCUG